AUGUCGACACUCACGACGACCACCCUGAACACGUCUUUCCCGCCUAUACUUCCAGCACCAUUUACAGCCAAUCAACCCCCAACCAUUCGACUGUACCCUCUUUCAAACUACACCUUUGGUACCAAGGAGACGCAGCCAGAGGAAGACCCCUCGGUCCUGGCGAGAUUAAAGAGGCUCGAGGAACAUUAUGACAACUAUGGCAUGAGGCGGACGUGCGAGGGCAUCCUAGUCUGCCACGAACAUAAUCACCCGCAUGUGCUCAUGCUGCAAAUCGCCAAUGCCUUCUUCAAACUGUAUGUUCUGGUCCCCUGCUUCGCUCUGAGACUAGCUAGGGCAAAACUGAUCGCAUCGGAAUUGGAUAGGCCAGGCGACUAUCUCCCUCAUGACGCGGACGAGAUCGAAGGAUUCAAGCAGCGCCUGAACGAAAGACUGGCACCUACAAACCCCAAAGAAGGAGACACCGAGUGGGAAGUCGGGGACUGUCUGGCCCAGUGGUGGCGUCCUAACCACGAAACAUUCCUCUACCCUUUCCUCCCCGCCCAUGUCUCCCGUCCCAAGGAACUCAAGAAGCUUUACCUCAUCCACCUCCCUCCCAACAAGGUGCUUUCUGUACCCAAGAAUAUGAAACUGUUGGCCGUGCCCUUGUUCGAGCUGUACGAUAACACCGCACGCUAUGGGCCGCAGCUGAGUGCCAUUCCACAUUAUCUGUCGAGGUACCGGUUUGAGUAUGUCGAUGAAGAGGGCAAAGUUGCGAGCGUCAUGCCUGGGGCAGGGCCUUUGCCAGGUCCCGAAGGGACUGCUCCUGUGAGUAUUAAGGUGUUGGCGGAUGGGGACGCCGCUGCAACAGUGGAAAUGGAGGUUACAAAUGGCCAUUGA